AACACGUUGGCGCGAUGACGAUUUGCGUUUGGAUUUUGUUAUUCGCGAUUCGGAAUUGAGACUAAAAUCUGUCAGUUAUGUGUUUGACUUCAUAUCAAGAACAUUAUGGAGUGCAAUAGUGAAUAAACUCUAAAGCAGGACAAAAGUUAGAAGUUUAUUACAGUUUACUUCCAAUCAAGUUGUGGAUUGUUAAAAUUAAUGAUUAAAGAUACACAACCGAAUUUAUUAUGGACAACCUCGAUGACUCCGAGAACAAUGCCAAAGUCUCGGAUUCAGCUUAUUCUAACAGCUGCAGCAACAGCCAAUCUAGACGGAGUCACAGCUCCAAGUCAGCUCGCUCUGGAAGCAAUUCAAGUGGCAGCAGUGGAUAUGGUGGGAAGCAAUCCACAUCUGGCAGCAGCAAAACAUUAAACAGCCAACAACCAGAUAAAAGAACGAAAGAUAAAGAAGGAAAGAAAAAGAAGCAGCAGACCUGCGUUCAGGCAGACCUAGUCCAAAUCCCAGCCGAUGUGGAAUUCAGACUCCCUGACCCAGCCCCAGAGGUCGUGAAAGCUCUCGAAGAUGCUUCGUCGCCGCCAGCGAUUGAGCAGACACAAAAAGGAUUUCAGAGAUGCUCGGAGUCAAUCAAGGACGAUACUGCUGAAAACCCAGACAAGUGCUCCAUGGUCCAGCCCUCCAUGCACACAACCACUAGUAAACCUGUUUAUUCUGAGGGGUUUUCGUGCGUCAUAUCGAUGCAUGACGGUGUGGUCCUGUACAUGUCGUCGACGCUGACAGUGACGCUCGGCUUUCCGAUGGACAUGUGGAUAGGGAGGUCCUUUAUAGACUUCGUACACCCUUUGGAUCACAAUACUUUCGCGUCGAAAAUAACCGACGGGCUGACGGUUCCGAAGGAAAUGAAUGGUAUGCGAAAUGCAGUUCAAUCGCCAGGGAACUCCGUGUCGACCAUGUUCUGUCGCAUCAGAAGGUACAGGGCGCUGACCACGGGGUUUAACGUCAAGGACCGGGGCGUUACCUUCACGCCCUUUCUCCUGAAGCUGUCAUUCAAAGAUGUCUACGAAGAAAAGGGACCAGUCAUUUACUUGGUCAUACAAGCUACGCCGUUGUUCUCUGCGUACAAUAGUCCAAAUGAGGUGAUAAAAGACGCGGUACCAUUCGUGAUGCGUCACGUGGCCAACGGGACCGUGGAGUACAUCGACAACGAGGCGGUGCCGCUGCUGGGCUACCUGCCGCAGGACGUGACGGGGCAGGACGUGCUGAAGCUCUACCACCCGGAGGACCUGCCCUACGUGCGGCACGUCUACGAGACCAUCGUCAAGCAAGGGAGGGCGCCGCGCUCCAAGCCCUACAGAAUGCUGGCUCAGAAUGGACAUUAUCUUAAGCUUGAAACGGAGUGGUCGUCUUUUAUAAAUCCGUGGUCGCGUAAACUUGAGAUUGUUAUAGGAAAACAUUACGUGAUUGAGGGUCCAGCCAGUCCAGAUGUUUUUCAAGCGUCACCAGCAACACUCAAUACGAUUUCCGAAGGAGAUAAUAUCGAAAUCCAGAGCCUUAAAAAGAAUAUUGUCAGGAUUUUGAACGAGGUCCCGGCGAGACCGGCGGAGCUCGUCAAGCAACAGAUGACUAAGCGCUGCCAGGACCUGGCAUCUUUCAUGGAAAGCCUGAUUGAAGACCAACCUAAGGCGGAGGAGGAACUGCGGCUAGAAAUACAAGAGAAUGAUAACAACUAUUUUGAACGGGACUCUGUGAUGUUAGGGGGGAUAUCACCACACCACGAGUACAAUGACAGCAAAUCCAGCACUGGGACUCUUUUAAGUUACAACCAGUUGAAUUAUAACGUCAACUUAAAACGGUAUUUUGACAGCCAUCAAGAUGAUUUCGGACAAGAGGGGGCGAAAGUCACAGAUAUGACUUUAGUCCCAUGUAAAGAAUCAAAUAUGUUUAGUGGGGAAUGUAUGUCGCCUGUGACCCAGCACUCCGCCGACUCAAUGGAGAUGAUCUCAGCGGAAUCGGCGUACCUCAUAUCAGAGCAGAGCCCACUGACGCUGCCGUACGAGUACCAGCCCAUAAGACUUACGGAAUCCGUCUUGAAUAAACACAAUUCCGAAAUGGAGAAGAUGUUCGUGAAGACCCAUCGCGAAUGCCGACCGGCCAAUAAAGAGGAGCGGGAGAAGUUGAACAACGAGAGCAAGCAGAAGAAGAGGGACCACCUCGUGCGCUGCAACGCGUCCUUCGUGCCCACCACCGUCAACGCGAUACCGGCGGAUCAGCCGCACGGACUGAAGCGAGCUUCGAAGCCCCUGGACGCGGAGGCGGGCACGCACAAGCAGCACUGCGCGUCGUCGCGGCAGAUGCGCCGGCGGCAGCCCUCCUGCUCCGUGCCCGCGCUGCCCUCCGUCUCCGUCGCCACCGUCUCUACAUCGGCGACCGUGUGGCAACAGAAUUUCGUGGCCGGAAUGAACACGUUCUUGCCGCAGCAAAUGCCGCUAGUGAGCCCCAUCUCUGCUGUGCCAGGUUUCGUGCCCGUGUACUACUUACCAACGACGGUACCGUCCCCUACCGUGCCGGUUACGUCGACGACCAGCGCGCAUGAUCAUAGCAAGCCGAAUUCUUCACAAUUGCAAUUCCAAGCCCCGGCUGUGCAAUACAUGAUGUACGGGCAGGCGGUAUUCGGGUCUCCGAUCGUGGUUUCGCAGAUCAACCAUCAAGCGCCUUAUACGAUGCCGCAAAACGUGAUGCAUACCCAAGGCUCUAACCCGCAGACCAAUCUGAAGCUAACGAAGCGCAAUUAUGAGGAGGCGUGUGAGCCGACCCCCCCGCUGAAGCCGCCCGGCAAGUCGGCGGUGCUACGCGAGAAGAAGCGCGCGGCCGCCAUCGCCGCGGCCGCCUCCGCGCCCUCCCCGCCCGCCUCAUCCCGGAGCGUCAACACCAGCCUCAACACCAGCAUAUGCUCCGCCACUGACGCGCUCAACAGGAGUAAUGAAGCCGUCCCAGAGUCGUCGGCGUCGCGAGACAGCAAGAUGAAGAGCGAGGGGACCGUGGAGCACACGGACGAGGAGUCGAACUACUCCUCCUUCUAUAGCUCCUUCUUCAAGACCGACUCGGGCAGCGCGGAGGACAGCGGCGACGCCAAGAAUAAACUCAACCCGACCGACUGUUCUGGUGCGUCCACGAAUCCAGGCAAUGAUAACCCCCGCAACAAACAGAUGCAGAGGAGAAAAAAGGAACCACCCUGGAUGGAACAAGUAUGCGUAACAUCGGAGUUGAUAUACAAAUACCAGGUCGUAACAAAGAGUUUAGAUGAAGUUUUAAAAUCAGACAAAAAGAAGUUGGUCGCCGUCGAACAGCCGUCGAUGGUGAACGAGCAGCUGGGCCAGCUGUACAUGGACCUUCAGCUGGAGGGCGUGGCGGCGCGCCUCACGCUCGAGGAGGGCGUCACCAGCUCCGGCAGCUCCGGCGAGGAGGGCCACAAGCUGUCCUUCAACGAACAAGCCAAGCGCGCGAGGAGAAAAAGGAAAUAUAGUAAACUGGUGAUGAUAUAUGAAGAGGACGCCCCGCUGCCCCCGCCCGAAGACGAGACGAGAGAGACGCAGCCCGAGCCCGAGCCCCAGCCCUCCACGUCAGUGGCCUAGCUCCUGAGCCCUGCACCACUUUCAAUAUGGACCGGAGUGCGUGCACGAUGCUCUAUACGAAAAUUACAACUCGAGGCUCAUAUGGAAACGUAAGCGAACUGUAACGCCUCAGGAUGGUAUUCCACUUAUCCAAUUUCUUUGUCCAAUGUGUCUUGCGUCUCACAUUUUGUUUAGUGAGAUAAUGAGAUGCAUAGACAUUGGACCAACAUAUUGGACAGAUGCAACACUACCCUCAGCCACGAAACGCAAGUUCCAAGUUGAACGCUCAACGCUGACGCCGAUCGCCAUACGUUGACUAAACUAAAACAAACGUAGAGUCAGACCAAGAAUAGUCUGCAUUGGAUUUAAUAGCCCACGCAGUGAAAGUGUUAUUUUAAGCGACAAAUUUCUAUGAAAUUAUGACGUAUAAAUGACACUUGCACUGCGUGGGCUAUCAAAUCCGCUGCAGACUUUUUUGGUCCGACUAUGGUUUCGGAGCGUGCGUUCCGUUGCUCGGGUAACAGGAAUCCUUACGAUUUCAUUUGCAACGCCACUGACAUAUCACAAUAAGUUAUACAUCGUGUAAUACAUGGAAAGAGUUUUAUGUAAAUAGUUUGUAUCUAUACGGUGUAUAGUUUCAUAGUGAUGAGACUCUGGAUUGUAAUUUGACUGUACUUGUGUUGUGCUCUACUAUAUUUGCCGACACGCUUGUUAUGAUGUAAAAUAAGUUAAAUAAAUACUUAGGCUUAAUGUUAUUGGGUACCGACGUCGCUUUAUCGCGGACGCAUGUGCAAUUUACUUGAGUUAAGUAUCUUUAUAAGAAAUAUUUUAGUUAUCGUUAGUAUAAUAAUAUAUUUUUUUAGUAUAGAGUUUAAUCCUUUGUUUGAGAUGAAAUAUUCGUGUUAAAAGUAAAUGAGAGAGUACUAUUCACAAUAUUCUAUACAUCGACCUUGUACUGGUGAUUCUCUUACAAACGGAUUUAAAUAUUGUUGUGAACUACCUAUCGGGAGAUUUUAUAGAGGACCUUUUUUUGCUCGAAUAUUAAUAUUACCUGUAUAUACAUAUUUGUAUAUUUAAAAUACGUACUUUAACACAAAUAAAACUAAACAUCUAUAUAUAGGGUCUAUAGGUUAAUGUAAAAUGAUAGUGAAAACAUUCAUAUCUUUUGACUUGUUUUUUUUAUAUUUGUAAUAAAUAGCUCAGUAAACACGAUUUACCUAACGUGCUUAGACUUAAAGUUAAUAUAAAAUUUUGACUAAGUUCCGUUAUCUUUACAAAACGUACAGUCUUGGGCAAAAAUGCCAGACACCUUUAUUUUUUUAAAUUAUACCUACCACCUACCUACAUCUGAAUUACGAAAAUGUACAACAUAUAGUGUACACUUAUAUAAAACAUUAACUGUGUAGAAAAAAAAUCAUAAGCCAUGGAAAUUCCUAUAUGUAUAAUGCUGCGACGAAAAUGAAGGUAUUUAACAAAUAAUAAUUAUGUUAUUUUAUUUACUGUCAAUAAUAAUUGUGUGUACAGAAAAAAAAACACAUUACAAAACACCAUUUUUCUCAAGUAAUAUUCAUACACAUUUUGAAGUCUUGUGAAGUAUAUAAUGUAAAAAUUCUAAUUGUAUAUUUACAUGUUUUGAAAAUUUAUUACAAAUUGUUUUGGAGGUUAUCAUAGAUGGAAUCAUGUUUGUGCCUAUGGCUGUAACAAAAUGGUGAGUAUUUAGGUAAUUCAUGGAAAUCAAAUAUAGUAUUACGCAAGUUUAUAAGUUAUAAAUAACAAAGGGAAUGACAGCAUUCAUUUUAUCCUCGUUAUAGGCAUAGGUAAGGUUAGGUGGGGUCAGACUAUCACCGGGUUAAGACUGUCACUCGUAUGGAAUCCUCAUACUGUUUGUCUUGUCCCGGCAAAAUAAACUAUGUUGGUCUUACCCCACCUUACCUUAAUAAGAAAGGUUUUUGAUUAGAUAAGUACACAUUUGUUAUUAAUGUUACCUAUCAUUGUCAUAUCGUUAAUUUAGUGCCUACGCAGAUUGGAAUUUUAUGUAGACAUGUUAAAAAGAAGCAAGUUACAGCAAACAGGCCCGUAGUUGUGAUGUGAUGUAGUGAUACAAACUUGGUAAAUUUUUCCUCACUUCUGGUAUGAGAAACAACUCUUUUCUGCUCUGCGUAGAUUGAUCAAAAGCUAAUAUUACCUCAUUAUUUUCUCCCCACUUCUUUGUCCCGUUACUUAAGUUCGGCUACCACCGGUUUUGACAUUGACAGAUACGCUCACGUCUACGUUUACUUUCUAUACAUCUCGCUUGCACUAAUAUGCGAGUACGAGUGAGAUGCAUAGAAAGUAAGUUACUUAGACGCGAGCGUAUCUGUCAAUGUCAAAACCGGUGGUAGUGGUUCAGGAGCAAGUUACUUCCAGCUGGCAUUUUUAAGUUUUUUAACAGACUUCAAGUAGGAGGUUCUCAAUUGGAUUGUAUGUUUUUUUAUUUAUAAACUCUAAGCCUGAAAUAUAAAGUAAAAAAAAAAUUUACACAGACUUCUUGGAAACUGUUUCUGAAUGGUGUGUUUAACCAGAUAAUGUUUUUUCUCAAAAAUGGACGGCAAAGUCGACUUUGCCGUCUAAAAAAUAGGUCGCGAAGCGCGGAGUUUAUGGUCAGUCAAAAAUUAAAAAGUUAAAAACAUUGCAGUCUCGAUUUUGGGACUGCAAUGUUGCAUACAAAUUCCAUUAUUUGUCGAGUUCCAAACUUUUUAAAAGUUCAAAUGGCCAUAUCAAAUGAAGGCACAGGCCCAUUAAACAGCCAAACAGAUGAUUAGUACCGCGACUAUUUAGUUGUCUCAAAUAGGUUGGCGUAUUUUCGGCAGAAAAAUACACUUCUAUUUUUUUAUUAAAAAAAUAAAAAGGCGGCAAGGGCUUUUCUCUGUGAAAAUAUAUACGUAAGAACGUUGCUUUUGUAAAAUGUUUCUAUGAUAUUUAUGUUUCUUGCACCAUUUUUGAGAAAAGCACUAUAUGACUCGGCUGGAAGGCUACUUGCUGGCUUCGGAUUCAAUUAAACGGACUCCCAAGGUCGUCCGUUUAAAACGAAUCCUCAGCCUGCAAGUAGCUACUUCCGAGCCUCGACAAUAAUGUACUAUUAAACAUCCAAACUCUGUAUGGAUGACGGUCAGAAAAAAAAAUGUAAAUAUAAAAAGCACUAGUUACAAAAACCAACUUUGCGAACGCUAAAUAGCUCUACAUAAAGUAGCACUUUUUGAGCAAAUGUAUUAAAAAUGUUAUAAGAAUGCGUUAUGUACAUAUAUUGUUGACUUAGUGUGACCAAAGAAGAUAUACUUACCUAAUUACGUUUCCUGGAAACAAGCUACUACUUUUUAAGACGCAUCUAAAGUACGAUCUUAAAAAAGGCAAGGCAUGUUUGUAAAAUAAAUAAGUAGCUACUGCUCUUACGGUACCUAUAUUUAUGAGUA